GGCCGGAGCCAUGAGCCAGGCCGAGGUGUCCCCGGCCGCCGCCCCGCAGCGCAUGUUCCAGGAGGCGGUGCGGCGCGGCAACACGCGGGAGCUGCAGUCGCUGCUGCAGAACAUGACCGACUGUCACUUCAACGUCAACUCGUUCGGGCCCGAGGGCCAGACGGCGCUGCACCAGUCGGUGAUCGCCGGCAACCUGGAGCUCGUCAAGCUGCUCGUCAAGUUCGGCGCCGACAUCCGCCUGGCCAACCGCGACGGCUGGAGCGCGCUGCACAUCGCGGCCUUCGGCGGCCACCAGGACAUCGUGCUCUACCUCAUCACCAAGGCCAAGUACGGGGCCAGCGGCGGCCGGUGAGGCCGGGACUGGUGGGGCCCAGGCUCAGGCCGCGGGCCCGGGCCGACACGCACACGGCCCGGGCGGCCAGACUGACUUUAGGGCCGGGCUGGGCCGGCUGGUUGAUUCACUUGUCGGCUCCCUGCUAUCUACCUCACGGGGCCGGACUCGGGAGGAGCGGAGCGCCUGCAGGCGGCGGAGGGCACAGGGCCAGGAUGUGGGCCGGAGGGCGGGGCCCGGGCGGGCGGGGCGG